AUAGCGACAAAAGAAUGGAGAACAGAAAAUAAGAUGAUGAAGCAGAUCUUAUGAAGGUGACGCGCGCGCGCAUGUCGACGUCGGCGUAACAUUCGAACGCAAUGAUCAGAAUAAUAGCUACAUCAGAGUAGAUGUCGUCGGUCGGUCCAACGAGCGGCUUGAUUGGUUUGGGAAAUGGCCACCCGAUGGCCUACCGCGUGGGGCCCAAUUUGCAGCUCACACAAUCGCGGGAAAUGAUAAUCGCGGUACGAUAGCGGGGGGACAAACCUUAGUUCCUGCCAUCUUCUUGCGAUGUUUUCGAUUCUUACUAACAGUGGCGCAUAUAAAACUCGCACCAAGCUGACAAAUGGCCAGCAGAAGCUUCAGAGUAAUCGAACACACCGGUUGCCCGAAAGAAUGACGAAACUGGACUCAAAACUGGUUCUUCUAGUGCUAGUCGGUGCGACGACACUGCUGCUACUGCUGCCCUCCGCUUCAUCAGUCCAACCGGCAGUGCCGUACUUUGAGCAGCGCCUUGGCAUAGGACCACUGUCUUCGAGCGAGAUGGCUUACUUGCGACGGCUUGCCGAGGAGGCAUACGGCGAAACGGAAGUGACCACGGAGCUAAGCACGGCCGAAGCCGAUGGGACGGAUGCGUGGGACAAUUCGUGCGUGAGUGAGCCGGUCAAUGAGGGUGGCUUCAGCCAGGAGGAAGUAGCCGACGAGGCAGACGAGCAGCCGGACGACGCAGCGGCCGCGGCAGAUGUUUAGAUAGUGCGAACCAAUGUGAGACAGUGUGCAGAGGGGCAAAGGGGGGCAUUAGAAAAAACAAACAAUAAAUAUUAUGCAAAUAGAAUCCUCCCGCGUUCGUUUGGUCUUGGAUAGCUGCUGCUGAUACGUUCGCGCCUUUUCGGCAGAGCCGGUGAAAUUGCGAGGAUCUAGAUUAGGUUUGAUAUAUGGCAGCCAUCGCACCAGAGAGCAGCAGAGGGCCUAAAUUAUGGGUCUUAUGGUCGGUCCACCACUAUUCCUAAUGUGUCUAGUGGUAGCCAAUGCGUACGGUGCCGCCCGCUGCACUAUAAAUUGCAUCUAAUGCUCGACAUAUGUUUGCACUAUGCGCGCCGCGUACGCGAAGAUCCGAAUGGCCACACCGUCGCCGGUACAAUUAGUGGAAAUGAUUUAGUCACGGUGUGGUGUAAUAUUUCAACCGAGUUUCACACUGAUGGCCACUCCCGCGUAAUGAUGUAAUCUCCCGGUGCCAUCGCGCACAUUAAUCAAAGUCAGUUCGUCUUCUCACGUGUGUCGUAGAUUUUCAUGGGGUUGGGACCAAAGUUGUAUUAUGCCAAGCCGUCCUAAUGCGAUACGCAGCCAGCAUCACCGAUGGCAGGAUGCAGAAAAGGUAUUAGAAAGGGGGAUUUAUUCGGAGUUCUACACAAUGCUGCUUGUAUCAGCAUUUUUUAUGCGUGGUCUGCACUCAGAAGUGAACGUACAACAGGCACAUCAAAAUCCAGACCAAACGACGAACAGGACAACAAUACGGCCCAUGCAUUAGGUUCAUUGGAACUCAGCAAUGGAAUGCACGCAACUGUACUAGCAUAGCAAACUACAGUACAUUGCAACCUAACAACAUCUUCCCAUCGUGCACCAAAGCGCUGUUAGGAAAAAGGGACACGCCAAAAGGGAGAGGAAGAAAUGAAUUUAUAAUAAAACCAUUCUCAUUGCAUUUCCAUUUGUGUAUUUGUUCGCAUAGGAACAGUGCUUUCCCUUGCCAUCCGGUUCCAGCCGGUCGUCCACAGACAAGACACAACUGUGAAUGGGAAUCCUACACAACAACCCAUGUAUCUUUUUGCGGCAGUACUUGUGAGGGUGACAACAAGCAUUCCUUCCUUAGGCACUGGAAGGACAGCAAUUUAUUUAUGUCUAUUCAUCACACUUCGACAGCGAUGUGUGUGUGUGUGUGUGUGUGUGUGUGUGUGUGUGUGUGUGUGUGUGUCUGACGCGAAUACGCCAUGUCCCAACAGUUCUCUCGGCACUCUUUCCAAAAUCAAAAGCACACACCUGCUCCUUCCAACAGAAGAAGCGUUCCCAGCGCAGUGAAAUGGACCAAUGUGCUCGGUGGUGCUGGCUGUUGAGGAAUGCGAAAAAUAAAGAAGAAUAAACCCUUCUACAACAUCAUUCCCAUCAACCAACCCCCCUCGCCCUCUGCCGCUGAUGGUCUGAUGGAUUGAGCGAUCAAGUGAAACUGAUGGAUGUCAUUUUUCCCAUUGUUAAUGCGGGCGCCCUAUACCGUCCGUGUGCCCGCCCGGAUGCAAGCGGUAGUGUUGCGAUGAUGCAUUAUGCAACCAUCAUUCCAUCCAGCCCGUGUGCGCGUACCACAAAAUCGACCGUUCGCCGCACCAUGGGGAGUUGCGAAAGCAUUCCAACAACUCCCCCCCUCCCCUCUCGCGGGGCAGCAUUGAAGGAAAACGCUGUGACGUCGUUUCGAAAAUUUUCAAACACCGUCAGCUUUUCACGCUAAUUAAAUGGUGACCUCUUCUGGGCCAUUCCAAUGCUGGCAAUGUUCGGCGCCAGGGUGUUCCGUACCGUACCGAACCAGCAAGAGGGAGAGAGAGAGCGAGCGUCGGAAAAUCGUUUUCAGAUUAGAUUGCCACCUGAACCCUGCUCCGGAAAGGUGGAAGCCGUACGCGGAUGGGAUGGGAGGUGGCAAGGCGAGAAAGGCGCGCUGCAAGCAACCGAGCAGAGCAAACGGUGGCUGGGACGAUAAUCUUCUCCCGGUUUAGAUGGUGGUAUGCAAUUAUUAGCUCGCUUUUCUCCGAACAGCCACGUUUUAAUGGCCGUACCAGACCAGCAAGCCAGUAAUGCUUCUUUGCCAGCCACCGAAUGGCACGGUUACGUUCUGGAGUAGCAAAUAAGUGGAGUUCUCAGGAUCCGGGCGUUACUUUUCUCGUUACGUCUCCCGCGCGCCUGUAUGUGUGUGUGUGUGUAUGGGCUAAUAGGAUGGGGUUCAGUUUCCAGAAGAUAAAUGUGUUGAAAGUACUUUUCGUCCUGUUUCGUGGAAUACUUUUAAACUAUUCCCCCCUGUUUAAUGUAAUCGGUCUUUUAACGGAAUUUUCUGCACUUAUGACGAUGCUUGGUGUAAAAAAGUGCAUAAUUUGACAAAUAAUUAAAGCUAAUCGAAAAGUCGAUCUCAACAGCAAUUUAAGGGCAAUCGAAACCCACUAACAAUUGAACACCUGUUACACAUGGACACAAAUAUGCACAUGAAAUCCAGGAAAUGAAAAGACACUCCAAGUAUCGACCCAAACGGAAAAGUUAAUUAUGGCACAUCGCCACGUUCACUGCCGUGCAAAGAACUACCACGUGUGCUGAGAUUUUAAGCUAAUCAUGGAGCUUAAUGUAUGUAAGCUUGUCCCCACUGGUGUCGCGUGCGUGCCCGAUUUGCUGCGGGGCAUGGAACAUAAUCCACCACCCAAUUUUGCCCGCUUCUCGAACGUGGCGCGUGACAAAGAUUGAAGCAUUUCGUAGUAAAAGCAGGGCAGCAGGAUCAGGUUCAGCUCUCACCAGAGGGAGAGAGAGAGAGGGAGAAAAAAAACAUAAUUACAUAGAGAGGGAAAAGCGAACAAUUUCCAAGAAAUGCAUAAUGAUACCAUGGAUGCGAAGCUUGUAGCGCCCCUGGAAAUACUGCUACCACGCUUCACCGAUCAGCAGCAAUUUGCGUUUCGGCUGCACAGCACACUGCUAUAUAUAUAUAAAUUUAUUUGUAUGUUUUUCGGGGGUGUACCACUUAAAUUUUUGAUUUCCAUUAAGACCAACAAACAGUUUUACAAAAUGAUUUGCAAUUGCCUUCUAAGCAUUAAUAUGUUCUACUCAGUACAUUGGUAGGGCGUUUGAAUCCGUAGAUGUUUUUUUUUUUUUUUUUUUUUUUUUUUUUUUUUUUUUUUUUUUUUUU